UUCUGGCCUAAUAACUAAGCUACUGAUAGCAGGAAGAUUAAAUCUGCACAACUCUGUCUACAGGCAUUCCAGCAAACUGCAACAACCAACCAAUUUUAGGCUCUCAAACUCAGAGAAGAAGAAUGGCUUAUUCUGCUCUUUCUUCACUUAUGCAUACACUGCAGCAACUCCUGCAGCCUAACCAACGUUUAGUUUGUGGAAGCUGUAUACCACAACAACAUGUUGAAUCCACUUAUCAAAGUCUUUGUGCUCUUCAAGUUUUCCUUGAUGAGGCUACAGAGGAAGCCAAAGAUAUUGAAACUCUAAAGCGUUUGGAAAAGAGGUUGAGAGAUGUAGUCUACAAAGUAGAAUAUAGAGUUGAUUCAAGACUAAGAAAUGUCAUUGUAGCAGAUUGCGGAGAUGACCGAGAAAGAGCUUGUAAAGCCUUCAAUGAAGAAUUGCAAGAAGUCGAAAAAGAAGUUGAUUCUCUCAAGAAAGAGGUAAUGCAGAUCGAGUUUAACAAGCGCGGAAGCAAAUCUGCAGAAUUAGCAACAACUUCUUCCUCAUCAAGAAGGUAUGCAAGUGAGCAAAAUACUGUUGUUGGAAUGGAGGAUGACUUCAACGCCAUACUAGAUCGUCUCACUGCACAAACACAUGAGCUAACUGUCAUACCAGUUGUUGGUAUGGGCGGUAUAGGUAAGACAACUCUUGCUAGAAAAGCUUAUGAUGAUUCAUCUAUUCGAUAUCGAUUUGAUAUACAUUCAUGGGUGACAGUCUCAGAGAACUACAAUGAGAGACAAGUGCUACUAGAUGUUAUUAUUUCAAUAAGUCGGGAUAGAACUGACGAAAGCUAUGAAACAAUGAGUAUAAAUCAACUAGCAGAGAUUGUGUAUAAAGGUCUAAAGGGUAGGAGAUUUCUAAUUAUCAUAGAUGAUCUUUGGAGUACUGAGGUAUGGGACCAAAUGCAAAGACUAUUUCCAAAUGAUAACAACAAAAGCAGAAUCCUAUUAACAACUCGCCUUAACUAUGUUGCUGAUUAUGCAAGCCCUGAUUUCCCCCCUCAUAGUAUGUCUUUUCUAAGUUUAGACAAUAGCUGGAAUCUGUUUACUGAAAUGCUAUUCAAGAAAGAUCUUUGUCCUCCACAACUACAAAAAAUAGGGAAGCAUAUCAUACAACAAUGUCGAGGAUUACCUCUAUCGAUCGUUGUCAUUGCUGGACUUCUUGGCAAGAUGGACCUGACACAUGAUAAUUGGAAGAAAAUUGAGGAAAAUUUGAACUCAUUCUUUGGUACGGUUUCUGAACAGUGUCAAGCAAUUCUUUCAUUGAGCUACAGUUACCUGCCCCAAUAUUUGAAGGCUUGUUUUCUCUAUGUUGGAGGUUUUCCUGAAGAUAUGGAGAUUAAUGUUUCCAAGUUGAUUAGGCUAUGGAUUUCUGAGCAGUUUAUAAAAGCAAGAAGCUAUAAGAGGUUAGAGGUGGUGGCAGAGGAGUAUUUACAAGACUUGAUUGACAGAAGUCUCAUUUUGGCCGGUAAACGAAGGGCUAAUGGUAGGAUGAGAACUUGCAAAAUACACGAUCUUCUUCGUCAGCUGUGCAUAAUAGAAGCUCACAAUGAAAAUGUUGUGCACGCCAUGAAUGCAAAUGUCCCCAUGUUCUCAGAAGCCAUAAAUGAUCAACGACGAGUAAUUGUUCCAUUUGAUAUUAAAGAGAAGCAUGUUUACCCUACAAGGCAUAGCAGUGUCAUUACAAGAGCUGGAGACAUUAACUAUAGAAGCAGAUUUAGGCAGUGACCUGAUGAUUCUCUCUCGGGAUAUUUUCCCUCCUAAUCUCAAGCAGUUGAAAUUAUCAUAUACUACUUUACAAUGGGAAGAUAUGGUUGUGCUGGCUAAUUUACCCAAUCUUG